UCCUGCAAAGCAUAUCUGGAAGCAUAGGAUAGCAUAGCAUAGCUAGACCUCAAAUGAAGUCUAGCAUUGACAUAGUUAACAUAACCCUAAUUUCCUUCAAGGAAGUUGUGUUUUUUUAAACAUUCUCUGCCCUAUUUCCAUAAACCAUUACCUAGUCCAGGAUGGGGCAUUUCCUUCUAUUCUUUAAACAAUAUCAUUCUGUGUGAAAAGACUGCACACAGUAGACUUGUCUGAUUCUUAUGAUGGAGCAGUGGUUCAUCUGUGCAAUUUACAUUGCUCUUGUCUCACCAUGCACCUCUAUACCACAAUGCCAGCACUACCUGAGUCGUCGAAGGGAAGGUGUAUUUCAUUAUGACCGCCAUAUAAGGUACCAGCUAAACUAUCAUAAUGCUCAAGAGGCUUGUGUGCAGGACUUUGGAGGGAAAAUAGCAACAAGAGACCAACUAGAAAAAGCUUUGAAAUCGGGGCUUGAAGAAUGUCGAGCAGGCUGGAUAACAUCUAUGGAGGUGGCUUACCCUCGUGUAAACAAACACUGGAACUGUGGGGAAAAUAAAACAGGAAUUAUAUCCUAUGGUAUUCGACAAAAUCUUCAGGAAAAGUGGGAUGUGUUUUGUUAUAAAGAAGAUGAUGACUGUUCACACUAUGAUAAAGCUUUUUUUAAGGAGUCCCGGGACAAUACAGAAUCUCCAUCAGAUGUACCUGUUACACAUGAAUUGAGUUUCACAUCAGUAUCUUCACCAACAAUUUUCACAUUACUGUCAGCCAAUAUAGUACCUAAAAGAGGUAACAUAAACAGGAAUCUGCCAAAGGAAAGGAAGCCAUCGGAUAGCAGAAAAAUUUAUGAUUCUGAAGAUCAAGAAAAAAAGUCUUUUGAGAGUUACUUUCUAUCAGUUAAUUUCUCCAAACAUAAAGAAUCAUUAAAAGAACAAGGCAUAAUGCUACUUAAUACAACCUCAGAGCUGAAUGGUACCUCAGAUACUUUUGAAAAUAAUCAAAACAACAUAGAUAAGAUAAUAUUACCAGUGACUAAUUUAACUAAUAGCACAUAUGUACCGGUGUCAAUGCAUGACACACAAACAAAAUCUUAUUUUAGUACAAGAGACAAAGGGUCUAAUGUUGGUAUGGAUACAAAGACCCCUCCAAAUUCAUCAUUAUCUAGGGAAGAUAAUGUAUCAAAUAGCAUUUUACAUAAAACAGGGCCAAAUAUUAAUACUUAUAAGAUGAUGGUUAGAAAAGAAAAGUUUGAUGCUUCACCUCUAAGUCCAUUAGCAGCAACAACACAAAAUGCUGGUUUGUACGAUACUACCUUUUCAUCAAGUAACUUUAUUACUGGAGAGUCUACAGUUCCUAAUGUGAACUUUUCAAUACCUACAGCAUCAGAAAUUGAGACUUACUUUCCUGAUAGAGGUCAAACUACAACGGACUUGUAUGGUACAGAUUACUCUUCAAUUUCUCACCCUUAUGACACAACACAUAAGAAAACAUUUAAUAUUAAUAGUUCACAAAGUCAUACUGAGAUAAUGCAAACUGUGGCUGACAAUCUAUUCACACAAGAACAGAAGCCUCUUAUAGCUACAACUCCAUAUCCCUUGUCUUUGGCACCAAAGUCUCCAAGUAUUUUACCCUAUAAAGGUAACGAAAAUUUUGGCAAAGAUCAACAGAGUUUAUUUAAUGGUCAGAAAACAGAAAAGGAAAUUAUUGCACACGCCUCAAAGAACCCACUUGGCUUUACUGAACAACCUACAGCAACGGAAAAUCAAGCAGGUUUACUUCACUUGACCACAGAUCAUAUAACCGCCCAAUACAGAACAUUCUUUGACACAUAUCCAACACCAGCUUCACGUUUAUAUUACAAUGAAAGAGAAGUUUCACUUGCAGAUUCAGAAAAUAAUACAUCCACUGAACUCACACCAACAUCCAAUUUUGAAAUUGAGACAAACAUCGAUGAUAAUAAAGACACUAUAAGGGGAACUCAAGAGAACCAAAAAGCUGUGGUUGAAGUAUUAACACCUGAGGAAAAAAGAACAUCACCCACAACUGCAAUAUCAUCUAAGGUAUCUGCAGAAGUAGAAUCAUCAAAACACUCGAAAAGUAUUUCUCCGACCACAUCUUCAUUCUUUACGCCAUAUGAUCACAUGAAAGUGACUCCUAGUCUAACACCUCAAAACAAUGUCACAAACUUGAGUCUUGAUUCAUGUGGUGGUUGGCUUAAAGCCUUUUCUGGCCAGUUCCACAGCCCAGGAUUUCCACAAUCAUAUGAAAAAGAUAUGAAUUGUAUAUGGGUUAUAGAAGUGCCACUUGGCUAUUAUGUCAUUCUGGAAUUUUUGUCACUUGUUAUAGAAGAACAUAGAAAUUGUGAAUAUGAUUAUGUAAUGGCUUAUGAUGGAAUGGAGAGCGAUCAACGUGUGUUAGGCAGGUUUUGUGGAUCACAACUUCCUCCCCGAAUCCAUGCUUCUUCCAAUGUGAUGACCGUGAUCAUGAGAUCUGAUUCUUCAGUAGAAAUGGAUGGAAUUUCAGUGCAGUUCUGGGCCACACAGACCUUAUCAGGUGUUUCUUUAACUGAGGGGAAAAACUCCCUAGAAGGAGUGGUUGAAAUAGAGUACCAAGGAAUACGAGGAAACAUAUGUGCCAAGCAGUGGACCAACAAUGAAGCCCAAGUAGUUUGCCGUCAACUUGGUUUCACUGGCCCUGCAAUUGCUACCAGGAUCAUAGGAGAUGACAGUGCCUCGUGGGCCAUUUCCUUUGUUAGCUGCAAUGGAAAGGAGUCUGCUUUGGAGAACUGCAGUGUGAAAAAUACCGGCCUGUGUGGCACAAGAGAAAGAGCAGCUGUUAUUUGCCAAGUAUAUACGUCCUGUGCUAAUCUGAAGAAUGCUGGAGUUCAGGAAUCUGGGACCUAUACCAUAGACCCAGAUGGUGUUGGCCAAGGAGAAAGUGACUUCCCUGUAGAGUGUGAUAUGGCAUCAGACAGUACUACAGGCAUAACAAUUGUUGGACAUGAUUCAGAAGGCAAAGAAAGAGUUUCUAGCUGUCAGACUCCUGGCUGUUAUUCUAGGGUCAUCACAUACAAAGCUACUUCCUUGGCUCAGCUUUACACCCUGACUUCCAUUUCUGAACACUGUGAACAGUUUGUUAAAUUAGACUGCCGGCAUGUACGCUUUUUGGACGGACCAUGGGGAUGGUGGGUCUCCAGAGAUGGAGAACAGAUUCAUUCAUGGGGUGGAGCCAGCACAAAUAGUGGAAGAUGUGCGUGUGGAGAAAAUGGUGAAUGUGCCUUGGGUACCACUACUUGUAACUGUGAUGCAUAUGACAAUUUGUGGAGAAUGGAUGAGGGAGCCAUAACAGAUAAGUCUACUCUGCCGAUUCAGGAGUUUCGGUUUGGAGGCACAAGUAAUGUGCCAUUGGCAAUGGUAUUCCACCGCAUAGGCAAGCUCAGAUGUUGGGGAACCAUUUCAGAACCUCCAGUACUAGAGUCAUGUGCUGCUCUAAAAGAAGCUGGAAUUACUGACUCUGGACGAUAUAUAAUAGACCCUGAUGGAGUUCACAAAGGUGUCCCUAAAUUUGAGGUCUUCUGUGACAUGUCAUCACAUUCAGGUAUAACAGUGAUAGGCCAUAACAGUGAAAGACGGAUGCCUGUGAGUCCAUGUGAAGAGGCCGGGUGCUACAGACGAGAACUGAUAUAUUCUGCAGACCUAUUGCAGCUCAAUGCUCUGACUAAAGUGUCACAAAGCUGUGAGCAAUUUGUGAGGCUCGAUUGUCGUCAUUUGCGUUUUAUUCAGUCUGGAUGGGGCUGGUGGGCUUCCUGGGAUGGAAAGAGGAUGGAUUACUGGGGUGGUGCUGAUCCCUCUAUUGGAGGUUGUGCAUGUGGAAGAACAGGUACCUGUUCAUCCCCUGAUAAACUCUGUAACUGCGACAGUAAUGAUAAUAUCUGGAGGACAGAUGAUGGGUUUCUACGUGACAAGACCGCUCUGCCAAUAAGGGCUGUUUAUUUUGGUGACACCAAUGAUUUUCCACUGGAGAUGGCUUACCACACGAUUGGAAAGUUAAGAUGUAGAGGUCGAGGUAUACAGAAAAGCUAGAGCUAGAAAUCAGCCAACAUUGUAUGAAAAACAACCUGUAGAGUCCCAACUGAACCAUACGCCUCAUGGUGUGCGGGGUCAUUUUUCGUCUCCUAGAAAUCCAUUUCUGCAUAAAGGAUCUUUACAUCUAUCUAAAUGUACAAUCCCUUUACUUUUAUUAACAGAUUUACAGUAUCCCUUAUAGCGAAAGAAAUUAAUAUCAGAAUAAAGACUUCAGCCUAUAGUGAAGUGAUUUUGCAUAUAAAUUGUAAAAUAAAAAUACAAACAGAUGAAGAUCUCUUCUUCCUUUGUAAGUUUG